CUCAGCUGCUACCUAAUCUUUAUUAAGCACUUAUUAUGUGCAAGAGACCGGAGCUGUGGAGAGGGCUGGAGAAAAACAUAAAAAACACCACAAGCCAAAACUCCCGAACUUCCAAAGUAACAUCACAGGACUAUUGGAUUAGUGAGAAAGUUGUUUUAAGAGUAAACACCUCGAGGGUGUUUGCUUCCACUCUUUAACUCCCAGCUCUCCCUGCACGGCAUUCACUAGGAGCUCAACGUAAGUGCUCUGGGUGAUUGAACCACCCCAACGCACCCUUGGCCAGACUCAACGCACACACCUCCUGACGCCGCCUGGGGCUGGGGUGGCCACGUGACCGGCCCGGACCAAUGGGCAGGCCGCCGGGCGGUCUCCUAUAAAGGCGGCGGUGGCAGCUGACUAGCGGCCGCCAUUCUGGUGAGAGCUGGCUGCGACGGAUGGUGGAGAGCUGCUGUUCUGCACCGCUUCAUCUUGUGCAAACGGAGAAGGGCGAUCAUUGACAGUCUUUUUCAUAACAGGAAUUCAUAGACUUUUUCUGCUAAGACCUCAAUUUGUGUUUUUGAAAGGCUGAAAGACUGAAAUGGUGAAAUAAUUUAAACCAUCCAAGACUAAGGCAUACAUAAUGCAACAGCUUUUACUACUUGUUUAGAAAAAGGACAUGUACUUGUAGACAGCAUUGGAAUAUCAGGACUUGAAGCAGUUAAAAAUGUCUCUGCCAAGUCGACAAACAGCUAUUGUUAACCCUCCUCCACCAGAGUAUAUAAAUACUAAGAAAAAUGGGCGAUUGACAAAUCAACUGCAGUAUCUACAAAAAGUUGUCCACAAGGCUUUAUGGAAACAUAGUUUUUCUUGGCCUUUUCAACAUCCUGUGGAUGCUGUGAAACUAAAGUUGCCUGAUUAUUAUACCAUUAUAAAAAACCCAAUGGAUUUAAAUACAAUUAAGAAGCGCUUGGAGAAUAAAUAUUAUGUGAAGGCUUCAGAAUGUAUAGAAGAUUUCAAUACAAUGUUCUCAAAUUGUUAUUUGUACAACAAGCCUGGCGACGACAUUGUUCUUAUGGCACAAGCUCUAGAGAAGUUGUUUAUGCAGAAAUUAUCUCAGAUGCCACAAGAAGAGCAAGUUGUGGGUGGUAAGGAAAGAGUAAAGAAAAGUAAGCCAGGAGGCACUCAACAGAAUGAAGUGGUUUCUUCCAUUAAAGAAAAACCAUCCCCCAAAACAACAGAGAAAGUAUUUAAGCAGCAAGCAGUUCCUCCUGAGGCAUCUGUUUCUCCCUUAAAUAUGGCACAAGGAGCUCUACUCAACUCUAGCUCACAAACUGUGGCCCAAGUUACAAGGGGUGUGAAGAGGAAAGCAGAUACAACAACUCCUACAACUGCAGUAGUUAAAGCAAGUAGUGAAUCUUCUCCAACACUCACAGAAAAAUCAGUGAGAAUUCCCCCUGUAAAAGAAAAUGUGCUGAAGAAUGUUUUGCCGGAUUCUCAGCAACAAUAUAAAGGUGUAAAGACUGUUAAAGUAACUGAACAAUUAAGGCACUGCAGUGAGAUUCUUAAAGAAAUGCUUGCAAAGAAACAUUUCUCAUAUGCAUGGCCCUUUUAUAAUCCUGUUGAUGUUAAUGCUUUGGGACUCCAUAACUACUAUGACAUUGUAAAAAAUCCAAUGGAUCUUGGAACUAUUAAGGGGAAAAUGGACAACCAAGAAUAUAAGGAUGCAUAUGAAUUGCUGCAGAUGUUGAUAAUGUUCAUGAAUUGCUACAAAUACAAUCCUCCGGAUCAUGUUGUGACAAUGGCAAAAAUGCUUCAGGAUGUUUUUGAAAUGCAUUUUGCCAAGAUCCCAGAUGAACCUGUUGAGAGUAUGCCCGUAUGUCACAUCAAAACAGAUCCCCCCAAAACCACUGCUAGAGAAAGCAGUAGUGAAGCUUCCUCGGAAGGUAACUCUUCUGAUGAUUCUGAAGAUGAACGGGUUCAGCGACUUGCAAAGCUUCAGGAGCAGCUUAAAGCUGUUCACCAACAGCUGCAGGUUUUGUCCCAAGUACCUUUCCGUAAGCUAAAGAAAAAGAAUGAGAAGUCUAAAAAGGAAAAGAAAAAAGAAAAGGUUAAUAACAUAGAUGAAAAUCCAAGAAAAAAAUUUAAGCAGACAAAACUAAAGGAAAAGGCUAAGAGCAAUCAACCAAAGAAGAGGAAACAACAGGCCUUUGCUCUGAAAUCUGAAGAUGGAGAUAAUGCUAAACCUAUGAACUAUGAUGAGAAAAGGCAGUUAAGUUUGGAUAUAAACAAACUCCCUGGUGAUAAACUUGGUCGUGUAGUUCGCAUAAUACAAUCGAGAGAGCCUUCACUGAGAAAUUCCAAUCCUGAUGAGAUAGAGAUAGACUUUGAAACACUAAAAGCAUCAACCCUAAGAGAACUAGAAAAAUAUGUUGCAGCAUGUCUAAGAAAAAGACCACCAAGACCUCAUGCUAAGAAAAUAAUGAAAUCCAAAGAAGAACUUCAUUCACAGAAAAAACAGGAAUUGGAAAAACGGUUGCUGGAUGUCAACAAUCGGUUAAAUUCUAGAAAACGUCCAACUAAACCUGAGAAAACACAAUCAUCCAAAGCUGUUGGUUGUGGUUCCCGACUGAGUGAGAGCAGCAGUAGUAGUGGCAGUGGCAGCAGCUCAUCAGAGUCUGGAAGUAGCAGCAGUGAUUCAAGCUCUUCAGACAGCAGUGAUUCCGAAUCAGAAAUGUUCCCUAAAUUUACUGGAGUAAAACAGAAUGAUUCUCCUUCUAAAGGGAAUGUAAAGGUGCAAUAUUCUGCACAAGAAACAAUCUCUGCUGAAACUACCCUUAUUCAUCAUACCACACAUUCGUGUGUAAUACCACCAAAUCACCACCAGUCAGCAUUUAAUUAUCAAGAAUUAGAACAUUUACAGACUAUGAAAAACACUUCGCCUUUACAAAUUCUGCCUCUCUCAGGUGAUUCUAAACAGCUGUUGAAUGGCCUAACUGUGAUGCAUCCAUCUGGUGACAAUGACACAAUGGCUAUAGAAUCUGAAUGUCAAGUUCCUGCACAGAAGGAUAUAAAGAUUAAAAAUGCAGACUCUUGGAAAAGUUUAGGUAAACCAGUGAAAACAUCAGGUAUACUGAAAUCCUCAGAUGAACUCUUCAACCAAUUUAGAAAAGCAGCCAUAGAAAAAGAAGUAAAAGCUAGAACACAGGAACUUAUACGGAAACAUCUGGAACAAAAUACAAAGGAACCAAAAGUAUCUCAAGAAAAUCAGAGGGACCUUGGAAAUGGAUUGACUCCAGAAUCUUUUUCAAAUAAAAUGCAAAACAAGUGCCAUGGAGAAGAGCAGAAAGAACAUCAGCAAUCAUUGGAAGCUCAAGAUAAAUACAAACUCUGGCAUCUUGAAGACCGUAAUUUAGCAAGGGAGAAAGAGCAAGAGCGGAGGAGAAGAGAAGCAAUGGCGGGUACCAUUGAUAUGACUCUUCAAAGCGACAUUAUGACAAUGUUUGAAAACAAUUUUGAUUAAAACUCAGUUUUUAAAUUAUCCAUCAAUUUAAAAUGAAUGAUAAAAGAUUAAAAUGCACAUGGUAAAAUGAUUGCUUUCAGAUACAAAUCUUAUAUUGCAUUUUGACUGCUCUAAAAUGAUUAAACAAUUUUCACUUACA